AUGGCAGAAGAUGCAGAUACAAUCGUUGAUGUACACUAUCAAGGGCUGUUCACACCUACCCCAUUGAUGUAUUUUGAUGGAGUAAAAGCCUCGGUACCUUACACGGUUGUGAAGAAGAUGAACUUCCAUGAUUUCAUCCCCUUUCUUGAAAAGCUUACUAACGGAAGAUGCAGAGAUGUGUAUUACUGUCCACAUGAAGUGAGGUUGUCGGAGGGAUUACAUGCUAUUCAGAAUGACUGCGAUUUUAACGAGUUUCUUGAAGAUAUGAAUGAAAAGAAGAGAUUCAAUGUGUAUGUGGAUCAUCAUCAUGAACCUUUGUUUGAUUGGAUUCAGGAGGAAGAAGCAGACCUUGAAGAUGAAGAUUUGGUUUCUAUUGAUGAUAUUGACUCCAUUUUAGAAGAUGGUCUGAAAGCUGAACAUGUAGAGGACGAUGAAGUUAUAUCUCUCAAAAGAAAUUUCAAUGAUCCAUUCCUCAACAAACUUUGUCCAAUAUAG